UCUUUCACUCCCUCGUGAUUCUGACUCUUAUUGGACUCAAUUGCUUUUUCCCUACACAGACUAUUCUAGGGCUGCCCCCCGCCGCGCUCAAACAAACCCAUUCGCCCCCCGCACGUGGUGUUUUCGAAGCUUGACUCACGCCUUACAGCCCACUUCUUACGCCCCGCUACGAGCAGCACGACGCAAGCAAUAUCGUUGCAUAAGACACCAUCAGUAUAUUGCCUGCACGCCCGACGCAUAUCUUAGGAAAACCCCCUCUGCGGCCAAUUAGCCCCAACUACGUGGAUCACCUGCAGCCACCGGAGAAGCCAGAGAAGCUGGUAGCCGCGCCGUGCGACAGCACCCCAGGAGAUCGCGGAGUUUGAAUAAGGUCACAAUGGAUCUAGUCAAUUCUCUGAACGAUCGGCUUUUGUUCGCUGUGCCUAAGAAGGGCCGUUUGCACCAGGCGUGUCUUGACCUCCUCAAAGGCUCCGACAUCCAAUUCCACCGACACUCACGACUAGACAUCGCUCUGGUCAAGAACCUCUCCAUCGCGCUUGUCUUCCUCCCUGCAGCAGACAUUCCCACCUUUGUCGGCGAAGGCCGUGUCGAUCUUGGGAUAACGGGACGGGACCAAGUGGGGGAACAUGAGGUUGUUUCACCUCCGACAGAGACCACAGGUGUGACGGAAGUGUUGGAUCUGGACUUCGGAAAGUGCAGUCUACAAGUGCAAGUUCCGCAAAAGGGGGAACUUCAGAAGCCGGAGGACCUGAUUGGGAAGAAUGUCGUUACUAGCUUUACGAAUCUCACGGAGCAAUAUUUCAGAGAGCUAGAGGCGAAGGCGAACGGCUCCGGGGGUGUUACCAACGGGGAUGGGAAGGCGAAGCUCCUGACGAAAAUCAAAUAUGUCGGGGGAAGCGUGGAGGCUGCGUGCGCACUCGGUGUAGCGGACGGCAUUGUGGAUUUAGUUGAAUCCGGCGAAACAAUGCGAGCAGCGGGCCUCAAAGCAAUCUCCACCGUCGUCGAGUCUACCGCUGUUCUCAUCAAGUCAAAGCACCCCUCAGACCCCAAACUUGUUGAUUUGAUCGCUUCGCGAAUCGAAGGAGUAAUAACCGCCCAAAAAUACGUCCUCUGCACGUACAACAUCGAGCGCCCCAAGAUCGAAGCAGCCUGCACCAUCACCCCUGGCAAGCGCGCCCCGACCAUCAAUUCGCUCGAAGAAGAGGGCUGGGUCGCGGUCCAAGUCAUGGUGGAGCGGAAACGGAUCGCCACGGCCAUGGAUGAGUUGACAGAUGUGGGCGCGUGCGACAUCUUGGUUAUGAAGAUUGACAAUUCGAGAACGUCGUGAGGGGAUAGAGAAGAGGGGGCGGCAUUUUGGGCCUUUUUUUAAGGCAGUCAGGUUGAAACGAUGUAUGGGUAAUGAAUGAAUGGACUUCCUGAUUGUGGCGUAGACUGAAAAGUUUGGGAUAGAGGUAGUUCAAUGCUAUCAAACAUCUAAGCUCAGAACGUUCUUCAAAUCUAGACGACGCGCAACGACACUAUACUGUUUUGACUAGCGCUGCCGGUGUCUAGCUGAGGAAUGGUAUCUUAGAGCCCACUGGCCCUAAAAAUGAAGCAGAAAACGAGGAUCCUGAUUUGAGACCGUCAUCGCGCGACAUUUGAUACCAGAACCAUGAUCAGACUAGUGGCGGCUUGAUAUCACGUGCCAAAUCUCAAGAGCGGGGACUGAACAGAGAUGAACUAGUGUAGGCAUAACUCUCU